ACAGUCUUGCUGCUCCACUCUGACGGCGUGUGUUGGAGGGGAAGGGUGAAGUAGCGCAGCACUACAGUCUUAUAAAAGAACAAACGUCCUAAUCAACAGCGUUUUCAGAUAUAGUAGAGAGGAUUCUCACGAAAAACACACCGACAUAUGCAGGAACCGUGAGUUCAAGUGCUAGAAGGUGUCGGUGACCGUUGAUUAGCGGCUGCGCUAGCUGUUGUGCUAACACCUCGUUUACAUCCACCGUCAUCAGACAGCAUCACUCCAGCUCCAGACUUGCCACAAACGGCACUCCUGCGAGCUUCUCUCACGCUCUAGACAGCCGUUAUUGAGUUAUUGACUUGUCCCGCUGGAAAGGGUGUCGGAGCUGAACCCCUCCCUGUGGCUCCUGUGCUCCCCCGUCACCUUUGCCCCCUCUCCCACCCGAAACACUGGACACACACAAGCGGCCGGAGAACGGCGAGAGGCCCGUGAAGCUGGGGGUGGUACCGGACUCGCACGCUGUCGGAGCGCCUAAAGAGAGGCACAGCCGUGGGGACGCGCCGACGAACAUGGACGGGUUGGCGGUGGAGGUGCGCGGCUCCAACGGGGCCUUCUACAAGGGUUUCAUCAAGGAUGUACAUGAAGACUCCCUCACAAUAGUCUUUGAAAACAACUGGCAACCAGAGAGACAGCUGCCGUUCAGUGACGUGAGGUUGCCGCCCCCGGCCGAUUACCACAAGGACAUUUGUGAGGGAGAUGAGGUGGAGGUUUACUCCAGAGCCAACGAGCAGGAGCCCUGCGGCUGGUGGUUGGCGAGGGUGAGGAUGAUGAAGGGAGAGUUCUAUGUGAUUGAAUACGCAGCCUGCGACGCCACAUACAAUGAAAUCGUCACGUCGGAACGAAUCCGGCCAGUCAAUCCCAACAGCCCCUCCUCUGAAAACUCCUUUUACAAAGUCCCCAUUGCUGUACCUGAGGAUCUCAGAGAAAUCUGUUUGACUGAAAACAUCCACAAAGACUUCAGGAAAGCAAUUGGAGCCAACUGCAUCUUCUACAACACCUUUACACACCAACUUAUUGUCCUGUCCACAAAUGAGUGCACGGUGAAGCGAGCAGGCCUACUAAGUGACAUGCACUUCCGGAGUAUUCGCACCAAACUGAUGUUGAUGUCCCGUAACGAAGAGGCCACUAAACACUUAGAGACGAGUAAACAGCUGGCGUCUGCGUAUCAGGAGGAAGUGAGGGUGCGUGAAGAUCUAAUGGGUCUGGCCAUUGGUUCUCACGGCGCCAACAUCCAGCAAGCCCGCAAAGUUCCCGGCGUCACUGCCAUUGAGCUGGAAGAAGAGAGCUGCACAUUCAGAAUCUAUGGAGAGACCCCAGAGGCUGUGAAGCAGGCCAGGACGUAUCUGGAGUUUAAGGAGGAUUCCUUCCAGGUUCCAAGGAACCUUGUAGGCAAAGUCAUUGGUAAAAACGGCAAAAUUAUCCAGGAAAUAGUUGACAAAUCGGGCGUGGUUCGAGUCCGGAUCGAAGGGGACAAUGAUAAAAAGCUGCCCAGGGAGGAGGUAGGCAGGCAGGGGGCUGGCAGAGACAACACUGUCAGCAGCCAAGAGGGUAUGGUUCCCUUUAUCUUUGUUGGAACCAAAGAGAACAUCAGUAACGCCCAGGCCUUGCUCGAAUACCAUGUGGCCUACCUUCAGGAGGUGGAGCAGUUGCGUCUCGAGCGCCUACAGAUCGAUGAGCAGCUCCGUCAGAUUGGGGUGGGAUACCGCGCACCCCCCAGCCGCUCUGGUUCAGGGGUCGCUGGUGAGCGUGAACGGGGUUACCUUACAGACGAGAGCACCAACUCCCUGCAGACCACACGCACCUAUGGAGGAAGAGGACGUGGACGCAAAUCUAACAAUGCGUAUUCUGGCUAUGGAACAAACUCUGAAAUGUCAAAUGCAUCAGAGACCGAAGAAACAGGGGAGCGGGAGCCCAGGCCAAAAGGUGUUGGAGGCGAUGACAGGGGUUCCAAGCGUGGAGGUCGUGGCCGUGGCUCCAGCACUGGCAGGGGCCGGGGAGGACCAGGGCCCCGAAACACCAACACUAUCAGCUCAGUGCUCCGAGAUCCAGACAGUAACCCGUACUCUCUGCUGGAGGGAGAAGGUGAACUAGGCGGUGAUACAGAUGCUAGCGAGAGCAUGGGCGGCACUGACCGCAGGAGACGUUCACGUCGUCGCCGUAAUGACCAGGAGCCCAGCCUUAUGGAUGCAGCCGCUAACGAAUCAGACGGUCAGGCAGCUGCCAGUGAGAACGGACUGGAAGAGGAGGGCAGGCCCCAGCGCCGCAAUAGAAGCCGCCGCCGCCGUAACAGAGGCAAUCGUCCUGAGGGAAGCUCCACCAGCCGUGACAGACAGCCGAUUACUGUUGCUGACUUCAUCUCUCGUGCCGAUUCCCAGAGCAGACAGAAUCUCCCAGGGAAGAAGGAGGUGACACCGCACACGUCCCAUCCCAAGGAAAAUGGGACUAGCGAGAAUAAGGAAGAGCGCGCUCCUUCCAAACGCUCCCCUAGCAAUGGCGUGGCGUCGCCCGGGGAGGCUCCAGCCCUGGUGAAUGGCGUCUCGUAAAAAAGUCAUCUCACCCCCCUCAAGACCCACAUCUAAAGCAAGACACCAUGGCGAACUCUGUCCCUGCUUGCAUUCACGUAAACCUUUAAACUGACGAAUGAAAAUCGACUAAAAUCCUUGAAGUCUAUGAGAAGAAAAUGAUACAAAAAAAAAAAAUGACGAACGCAUCUACUUUAAACCACACGUAACGGUGUAUGUUUAUCCUAUCUAUCAGUACUUAGUGCUUAUUUAAGACAAGCUUGCCAAAAAUGAGCUGAUGGAUAUGACUCAAAUUUCUGACAUAACACAGAAAACAGGACGUGACUUUUUGGGUUUUAUUUUAAUUUUUUUUUUUUUCGUUUUUUUCUUUUGGCUGUUGUCGUUGAUGUCAUUGUUUGUUUUUGAUUGUUUGUACUCACUGGUGUGGGACUGUGAAACACUCCCAAACAGACGCAUCUCUUAAACAGUGUUAGCUAAAUGAGGGCGGAGCUAGCGAAGAGGCGAUGGGUUGAAGGCGGAGCCUCUCGGGAGCGAUUGACAGUUGAGUCUGUGGUACUCUGAAUUUAAGGGCAAAAGGGGAAACGGAGAGACAUUGUGCCUUGAAUUUGAAAAAACUUCAGUAUUUUCUUUUUUUUUUUUAUAUUU